UGGCAAAUGUAAUAAUUUUUAUCUGCGGGAACUUGGCAGGAGCAUACCACAAACACCUCAUGGAACUUGCACUGCAGCAGACAUAUCAGGACACGUGCAACUGCAUCAAAUCCCGUAUCAAGCUAGAAUUUGAGAAGAGGCAACAGGAGCGUCUUCUACUUUCUUUACUGCCUGCUCACAUUGCCAUGGAAAUGAAAGCAGAGAUCAUUCAGAGGUUACAAGGUCCAAAGGCAGGCCAGCUGGAAAACACCAACAACUUCCACAAUUUGUAUGUCAAAAGGCACACUAAUGUAAGUAUCUUGUACGCUGAUAUCGUAGGAUUCACUCGCCUGGCCAGUGACUGCUCACCAGGGGAGCUGGUGCACAUGUUAAAUGAGCUGUUUGGGAAGUUUGAUCAAAUUGCAAAGGAAAAUGAAUGUAUGAGAAUUAAGAUCUUAGGUGACUGCUAUUACUGUGUUUCUGGACUUCCUAUAUCUCUUCAAAAUCAUGCCAAGAAUUGUGUGAAAAUGGGACUGGACAUGUGUGAAGCCAUUAAAAGCAGUGAGGAAUAUGUACCCUGUGUUUUCAAAUCCUUUCAAAGUAUGAUGUCAAGAGUUGCACCCUGCAGGAAAGUGAGAGAUGCAACUGGAGUUGAUAUUAACAUGCGUGUAGGAGUGCACUCUGGGAAUGUGCUUUGUGGCGUUAUUGGGCUGCAGAAGUGGCAGUAUGAUGUGUGGUCCCAUGAUGUUACCCUGGCCAAUCACAUGGAAGCUGGGGGAGUCCCAGGCCGUGUUCACAUCACCUCAGUGACCUUGGCACAUUUGAAUGGAGCUUACAAAGUGGAAGAUGGGGACGGAGAUGUGAGGGACCCAUAUCUGAAAGAGCAUAAUGUUAAGACUUACUUUGUAAUCAAUCCUAAGGGAGAGAAGCGAAGCCCUCAGCACCACAUUCGGCCUCGGCAUACUCUUGAUGGAGCCAAAAUGAGAGCUUCUGUCCGCAUGACCCGGUACCUGGAAUCCUGGGGAGCAGCCAAGCCAUUUGCACACUUGCAUCACAGGGACAGCAUGACUACUGAAAACGGCAAGAUAAGCACAACAGAUGUUCCCAUGGGGCAGUAUCAUUUUCAGCAUUGCAGAGAGAGAACAAAAUCACAGAAAAGAAGAUUUGAGGAAGAACUGAAUGAGAGGAUGAUCCAAGCCAUUGAUGGAAUCAAUGCCCAAAAGCAGUGGCUUAAAUCUGAAGACAUUCAAAGGAUAUCUCUUCUUUUCUAUAAUAAGACUCUGGAAAAACAAUAUCGAUCAACUACUCUGCCUGCAUUCAAGUAUUAUGUCACUUGUGCCUAUCUCAUAUUCUUCUGCAUUUUUGUUGUACAGAUUUUGGUAUUGCCAAAAACAUCUAUUCUUGGAAUUUCAUUUGGGGUUGCAUUUCUCUUGCUUUCCUUCAUUUUGUUUAUCUGUUUCACUGGACAGCUUUUGCGAUGUAGCAAAAAAGCAUCAGCUUUGUUGUUGUGGAUCCUAAAAUCAUCUGGAAUAAUUGCAAACCGUCCUUGGCCAAGGAUCACUCUCACAUUGACAACCACUGCUAUAAUAUUAACCAUGGCUGUAUUCAACAUGUUUUUCCUAGAUAAUGCUGUGAUAGCUUUUCCUUCAGUUCUUAAUUCAUCAAAUGCAAGUUUUCCUGAUUCAAGUAAUCAGACACAGUGGUGUAUACAAAAUAACUGUUUUUUCCUACCGUAUUUUAUAUACAGCUGCAUAUUAGGGCUCAUUUCCUGUUCUGUUUUCCUGAGGAUAAAUUAUGAGUUGAAAAUGGUAAUAAUGUUGAUUGCAUUGGUGGGCUACAAUGUUAUCCUUCUGCACAGCCAUGGGCCCAUGCUGGAUGACUACAGCAAAUUUAUGUAUGCGAUGGCACCUCUUAGAAGGCCAGGAAUACUGAAGGACCUGAAGACAAUGGGCUCAAUUUCCUUAUUCAUAUUCUUCAUCACAUUACUGGUUUUGGGUAGACAGAAUGAAUAUUACUGUAGGUUAGACUUCCUGUGGAAGAACAAGUUCAAAAAAGAGCGUGAGGAGAUUGAAACCAUGGAGAACCUAAAUCGGGUGCUUCUGGAGAAUGUGCUUCCAGCCCACGUAGCUGAACACUUCUUGGCAAGAAACCUGAAGAAUGAGGAUCUCUAUCAUCAGUCAUACGACUGCGUCUGUGUCAUGUUUGCCUCUGUUCCAGAUUUCAAGGAAUUUUACACAGAAUCUGAUGUAAAUAAGGAAGGGUUGGAAUGUCUUAGGCUGCUAAAUGAGAUCAUUGCGGACUUUGAUGAUUUAUUGUCAAAGCCAAAGUUCAGUGGUGUUGAAAAGAUAAAGACCAUUGGAAGCACUUACAUGGCAGCAACAGGACUGAGUGCUACACCCAACCAAGAGCAGUGUCAGGAACCUGAACGACAGUAUAUGCACAUAGGAACUAUGGUGGAGUUUGCAUUUGCCUUGGUGGCAAAACUGGAUGUCAUAAACAAGCAUUCAUUCAAUGACUUCAAGUUACGAGUAGGUAUAAACCAUGGACCUGUAAUAGCUGGAGUAAUUGGAGCUCAAAAACCACAAUAUGAUAUAUGGGGCAAUACAGUAAAUGUGGCCAGCAGAAUGGACAGCACUGGUGUCUUAGAUAAAAUACAGGUUACAGAGGAGACAAACAACGUCCUGCAAACACUGGGGUACAUGAGCACCUGUAGAGGAAUAAUAAAUGUAAAAGGAAAAGGAGAAUUAAAGACAUACUUUGUACAUACGGAAAUGACAAGAUCCGUGUCACAAGGGAACAUGGCAUCUUGAAGAUGCUUUUACGUGUCAGCAGUACUAUAUUUUCAGGAAAGUAUCACGCACUUUUUAACUACAUUUUGGCCCUUAACAUGCGUGCUAUUUUCUUGUAUGUGGCACUUAUUUUAAUAUGGCUGCAGAAUAGUCCCAUGAGCCAUCAUUUCGCACCUCGAUAUUUCUAUGUUCAAGGACAGUUGUGAUGUAUGCGAUAGGACUGCAAGAUUGUACUGCUACUUGCACUGUUAUUCAAAUACAAGAAAAGAAGGAAUAGGAAUCAAAAGGAGGUUACACAUCCUGAAAGGACUAAAGAGAAGUGUUAGUGACAAAUGUGGGGGAAAAAAGGCAAUAAAGCUAGGGGUGCAUACUAUUUUCUGAUGCAUGGUGUUUUCUGGAAAAUACAGUCGCUCCUCAAUACCAUCCACUAAUAUGGUAUUAAAGUAUACAGUAUUGUAGAUAAGUUUACUCUGUCCACACAUGAUUUGGAUGUGAUCACCAGUUGCAUCUCAUAGCCAGGGACACGUUGGGUGGCUUGCUGGCAUUCUUUCUGACGAGAGAACUAACAAUGCUGGAAUAGUUUUGUACAAACGUGUCAAAUGUUUUGAAGCUAUUGUAUUUUGUAAGGUUAACUCAUUAAAAGUUUAUAUGUACUUUGUCUUAC